GGUCGUCGUGCAGUUUCUCGUACAAAUAUCGUAGCGCGCGAGCGAAAGCGGCGAUCGAUCACCGUCGCUUGUCUGUUGUGUGUUACGGAAGUAAACCGCUGUAGUCUCGGCAUUUUGUUACGAUGUUUCCACGGUGAUUUUUGAUAACACAUAACCAGCACUCCAGUUAGUGAGUCUGCUUCGUUACGUCAUCUUUAGGCAGCAACCUUCACCUGACAGGAAGUUGACGUUCUGCUAAGUUUCUCCACGACUGCUAGGAUGAGUGACUCAGAAGCUUGUGCCGACGGUGCAGGCGGUGAUCGGGGAUCGGCACUUACUUCGUCACAAGCUGCAAAGGGUGGCGGGUUCAGGCAGACUGCCAGUGAAGACGAGUCUGACGACAACAUGGAGGAGAUCGAACUACUGGAAAAUGGAUCAAAGAGGAGGAGCCCCAGGAAGUCCCCUUCCAAAAAGAAACUCGGCCGGUUUCACGUCAAGAUCAUCAACGAGAAGGAACCGGGCAAGCGAAGUGUGAAGCGGAAUGGAAACUCGAGGAAGGGUACACUGAGUAGUCCAAGAAGGCAGGAGAGUGCUGAUGACGCCAUGGAACACUCCUUAGCGACGCACAGCUUCGGUCACACCGUGGAGGCCUUGCCGUCACUGGAUCAUUACAGGAAUCGGUUUUCGUUGAUGGCUACAGGGAAACAACGACCAACCCUGCAUGAACUUCACGAACCCAAGACUUUAGUGAACCAGGCUGCUGACACGCCCGUGGACGCUGGAGGGUUAGCUGAGAUUAGUGCGGCACCCACAACCCCGGCCAGCGCAGGGGUCAAGUUUGGAUGGAUCAAAGGAGUACUGGUCAGAUGUCUGCUGAAUAUCUGGGGUGUGAUGUUAUUUCUGCGCAUGUCGUGGAUUGUUGGGCAGGCUGGCGUAGGUUUUUCUAUUCUGAUCGUCCUGAUGGCUACCGUGGUAACCGUGCUGACAACGCUGUCAAUGUCUGCCAUCUGCACCAAUGGCGAGGUCAAAGGAGGGGGAGCCUACUACAUGAUCUCACGCAGUCUCGGGCCUCAGUUUGGUGGAUCUAUCGGCUUGAUUUUCUCCAUCGCCAAUGCUAUAGCUGUGGCCAUGUACGUUGUUGGCUUUGCAGAAGUCGUACGGGAUCUGUUGGUGGACAAUGGCUUGAAGAUCGUUGAUCCCCAGAAUGAUGUUCGGAUCAUUGGUGAAGCAACUCUCAUCCUGCUACUGGGGAUUACCAUGAUCGGAAUGGCGUGGGAAGCGAGGGCCCAGUUGUUUCUGUUGCUUCUUCUAGUUAUCGCAAUGGUCAACAUGAUGGUUGGAACUUUCAUCCCUGCUCCGGACCAUGAGAGGGCUCAAGGGUUCCAGAACUACAAAGUUGAGCUUCUUCGUCAGAAUUUUGGUCCGGACUAUCGCGACAACGAAGGAUUUUUCUCCAUAUUUUCCAUCUUCUUUCCGGCAGCGACUGGGAUUUUGGCAGGUGCAAAUAUUUCAGGGGACCUCAAAGAUGCACAGAUGGCCAUUCCUAAGGGCACCCUGAUCGCCAUAGCGAUGACCUCAGUCAGUUACGCCGGAUUGGCGGUCGUCUUGGGGGCGUGCAUGUCCAGGGAGGCCACCGGUGACAUCGCAGACGUUAUCGCGGGAAACUUCACCUCUGCUUGCGAAGAAGUUGGCGCGGAUUGUGAAUACGGACUACUGAACAAUUUCUCUGUGGCAAGCCUGAUUUCUGGUUUUGCCCCGUUGGUUCUGGCCGGUGUUUUUGCAGCAACCUUGUCGUCGGCUCUGGCUAGUCUUGUCAGUGCACCCAAAGUGUUUCAGGCUUUGUGCAAGGACAAGAUUUUCCCCAAGAUUGAGUUCUUUGCUGUUGGUACUGGGGCGGGGGACGAGCCUCGUAGAGCCUACAUCCUGGCGUUCUUCAUCGCAGCUGCCUGUAUAGCCAUUGGAGAGCUGAAUGCUAUUGCUCCCAUCAUUUCCAAUUUCUUCCUGAUGUCUUACGCACUCAUCAAUUUCUCCUGUUUCUCCGCCUCGUUGGCCAAGUCGCCAGGUUGGCGUCCGGCAUUCCGUUACUACAACAUGUGGGUGGCCCUGCUGGCCGCUGUACUAUGCAUGGGGGUCAUGUUCUUGAUUAACUGGUACGCAGCACUCAUCACCAUCUUUAUAGUGACGGCGCUGUACAUGUAUGUGCACAACACGAAACCAGAGAUCAAUUGGGGUUCUUCCAACCAGGCUUUCAUCUACAAACAAGCGCUGACCAACACACUGAAGCUGAACCAAAUACCCGCACACGUCAAAACGUUCAGGCCACAGAUUAUUGCAUUGACUGGUCCCCCCGAGUGCAGGCCUGCCCUGGUUCACUUCGUCUCCCAUAUCACCAAGAGCACAAGCCUUCUCAUAUGCGGAGCAGUGCUGACAGGUGAACAGAAUACAAAUUUGAUGGAGCUUCUAACGGACUCACACGAGAAAUGGCUGGACUUUCAGAAAAUCAAAGCAUUCCCAGCUAUGGUAGCAAGCCCUACGCUAAGGACCGGGGCACAGGCACUCAUGCAGAUUGGUGGUCUGGGUAAGAUCAAGCCCAACACAAUCAUCAUGGGGUUUCUGGGUAAAUGGAAGACAGAAAAGCCGCAGUAUGUCCACGACUACGUUGGUAUCAUACACGAUGCAUUUGACCUCAACUUGGGCGUUGGAGUACUGCGUAUCAAGGAGUCGUUUGACGUGUCUAGUGCCCUGAAUACCCCUGGCUUCACUGACUAUGUUGAAGAAGAAAAAGUGCCUGAUAUCAAAGUAGAAAUAACGCCGUCUUCAAUCACUGAGGAAGGACAGGAAGGGGAGGAGCCAGUAGAACCGUUGGCCGCUGAACCGCCAAACACUCCAGCAGAAUCCAAGAUUCCUUCUGUUGACAGCACGGCGCUCAUCAAGGGACAACCCAUCGAUGUUGUCAUCAAAUCUAUGCAGAAGUUUCAGGGCAAGAUGCCGAAAGGAAACAUCGACGUGUGGUGGCUUUUGGAUGAUGGAGGCCUGACCCUACUCAUCCCUCACCUCAUCUCCAUGAAAUCCAACUGGGAGAAAUGCAAGCUGCGGGUCUUUGCCACCACGGGCAAGAAGGAGCAGAUUGACCGGGAGAAGAUGAACAUGGCCAACAUGCUCAGCAAGUUCCGCAUCGACUGCUCGGAUGUGGAGAUCAUCCCGGACCUGAACAAGAAGCCCAAGGAGGAGAGCUUGAGGCGGUUCAAGGAGCUGUCCAAGCCUUGGAUGCUGGAUGAGGAAGCAGGGGAGACCACGGAGAAGUUUCCUUGGAAGAUCAGCAAGGAAGAAAUCAUCACGCUCAAAGAGAAGACCAACAGACAGAUACGGAUCCGUGAAUUGCUUGUCCAACAUUCCCAGGAGGCAGAGCUCAUUGUCAUGAGUCUACCUAUUCCCAGGAAGCGCACCUGUUCAGCCUACAUGUACAUGUGCUGGCUGGAGACGCUAUCCAAGGAUAUGCCUCCCAUACUCUUGCUCAGGGGCAAUCAGACAAGUGUUCUUACGCAUUAUUCAUAAAGCAGCGACUGCUGAUUUGCAUACACAGUGCAUUAUUCAUGAGAAGUAUUUGCAGUACAUUAGGAUAUCUUAUGCAAAAAAUCAAAGCACAAUUUGCAUAAUUUAUGCAAUAUUAAAAUAGUCAAAGGGGGUCGAUGUUUUUAUACAUUAUAGCCCGAUAGGUGGAGUUGAAGAUUAAUCAUUGAAGAGCUCAACAAAGAUUUUAACUUGUGCAUACUGUAUAGCUAGACAUUCCAGAUUUUCAUGCAAUGCAUUAUUGAUGAGAGCAUCGGGUUUAUGUCGAUUGCAAAUCCCUGCAAAGAUGUUCUGUUGUGUUAAUUAGUCAAAUUGCACUGACAGGUUCAGCUUAUGUCUUUAAAGAGUGUAUUUUACGCACAGGUAUAUUUUGGGUGUAUUUUGAUGUAUUUAUUUUAGGCAUUUUAAAAAAUUAUAACUUACAAAUAGCUAUUUUAAAUUGUUCUAUGUUAUUAAAUAAACUGUAGAUAUUUUCAGAAGACACAAGAAUGCACGUGUUAUAAGUUACAUUAGAUGGUUGUGUACAGGCAGGGUUCGCCUUAAACUUGUGGACUGGUGAAAUUCGGUUUGGGUUUGGAGAUUUCUUUCUUUCAUUUUUAAGUUCAUAUUUAUAUUGAACCGGUAUAGGGCCCUAUUAAUGUCAACAGUUCCCUUUUUUUCUCAAAAAGUUAAACACAGUGUUCUUUAUUUCAAUAAGUUCGGCUGUCCCGAAAAUACUGAAUAUUCGAAUAUUCGAUCGUCAACUGAAUAUUCGCAUAGCUUUUUGCCGGUUUGAAUAUUUGAAAACAAAGAAACUACACACAUACACACACAGCUGUGUUUGUUACUUUGUGAUACAGUUGCGGCGUUUUACCAGGUGCAACUUUUUUGUUUGGUAGACGGUCCUUUUUUGUCGAUUAGGGGUGUGCAGUUACGGGCAGUACAUGAACCGGAUACCCGAUUGAUCAAUAUACGGGUACCCGUUAAAGAAACCCAAGCCAAAAAUUCGAAUCUGGAAAGUUUCUAAAAGGUUCAUAAAGGUCUGCAUGAUAGUACUACCACAUCGGUGCGGCAAUACAGCUAGAUAAGGUGUAUACAGUGAACUCUUUAGCUAUGUGGUAAAAACUGCAACUUUCGCAAGCAUCAUAAAACAUGAGGUGGUUUCUGUUUUCCAGUCCAUGUAUCCUGUUUUUCAUUUUUGAAAUGUUCCCACUGACAUUCGAAACAUGUGUUUUUUAUUGACUGAGACGUUACUAAGUCAUUUGCAAAGUUGGUUACAGGUACUCGAUUCCGUAAUCUGGAAACUGUUCCUGACAUUAACGGCAGGGUACACCGGUACCCGGUUCCGAUGCACAGCCCUAUUGUCGAUGGCUGUUUGUUGUUUCUAGCCCUUUAGCAGGUCAAAGCCCUUGGCAGUUACAAAAUAUUAAUUGCAAAACACUCCAUAUCAAUCACAGCACAUGCAUUUUAAGUGGCACACUCUCCAUGCUACUUUAAAGUAACCAGUGCGGCACACAGCUGCAGCUGGCAUCUUCGAAUAUCCGAAUAUUCGGUCAAACACAGUUUUGAGUAAUCGAAUACUAAAUUAUUCGAGCAUGGACAGCCCUAUCAAUAAGAAAUCUUAGACGAACUUAUUUUUGCUUUUAUCUUAAAAAAAACACAAAGAGAAAGUCCAUCUAAAGUGUUACAUAGUUUGUCCGGAAAUUCUCAGGCAUACAUGUAGUACCAUGCUUUAAAUUAAUGUUCAUUUUUGGGGGAAAAAAUCUUUGUCGAAAAAUCAGAGCCAUAAUGGACCAAUUUCCCAUAUAAAUAGUAUAUUUUAUUAGUAAUGUAUAAUCAUGACGUAAUGUGAGUGAUUUAAUUCAGACAACUUUUUCAAAGUUUGGUAUUUUAAAAGUGUUAAAGUAUUUAGCAACAAUAUCUAAGUCGCAAUAUUCAUACGCUAUUGACAAUUUAUAAAGUUCAUGGAUUUUUUUUGGGGGGGGGGAGGGAGGGGGUGAGAAAUAUAAUUGUCUUUUAAUUUUCGUAAUAAUUUUAAGUCUUCACUGUAAAUUUGUAACCACUUUGAACCAAAGGAUCACGAACCACAUGAAACCAAAUUCACUCCAGCAUUUUGAGAUGCUGUUUUUUUUUUUUUUUUUUUUUGUAAUUUCAUGCGUUGGUUCUGAUAUAACUUGACUUUUUUUAAAGUUUCAAUCGUUGUAAUUUCUCACAAGACCGCGAAAGCAAUAACAUUUUCAACAUAACUGAGUAAUUCAACACCAUUUUACAAACUAAAGUACAUAGGACAAAGCCAUUUUCUAAUGAAACAGUUUUGAACAAUAUCUCGGCAAAUAUUGGCCGGUAAUUCCCUUUUUUUUAUUAACUCUGGUCCUGGGUCACAUAUUAUGCUAAUAAUUACACCUUUUCCUGCGCAUUUAGGAGGAGCCAUUCCAUCCAUUUCAUAAAUCGUUAAUACUAACUGAGGCGAUCUGAAAUAUGUCAAGGUUUCAUAAUUCUAACAAAAUAUCUACAUUUUGUGGCAAACUGUUUAAUGUGUUUACAUUGAUGUGCUUAUUCAUUAAAAUUUGGAAAGGUAAACUCGUUAAUUUAAAAUUACGUAUCAAAAUAAUAGUCAAUAAAAAAAGUCAACUUGAAAUACCAUAAAGUGACCCCAUUUUGUGGUAGCUUAGGAACGAAGGACAUUUCCAA